UAUAUGUGAUUCUCGAGAGUUGAGCGCCGUCAAUGUCACUAGCUACUUUUUCAGCGUUCUGCUCUGUUUCCCGCCAUUUAUACUCGGUAUAGUUGUCCGUAAUCCUAUUGCCGACCAUGAUCAGCGGGAAGGAUGUCGUACUCAUCUCCAUCUCUGCUACUCUCGGUGCUCUAUCUUCCGUGAUUGCUUUCCGCUCCAUCUGUUCCAAUCCGAAGAGGCCCCGCCCUCGCUGUUUUUCCCCUUCUGAGAACGGCUACCUCGAGGGUUCCCAAGCUCCGAAUCCCUUCGAUCCUUCCAAGCGCAAGGGGUAUCUUUCCUGGGAUGACUAUUUCAUGGCAAUUGCAUUCCUCUCCGCUAAGCGAUCUAAGGAUCCAAACACUCAGGUUGGCGCAUGCCUAGUAAGUCAAACUGGAAUAAUUUUGGGAAUUGGGUACAAUGGAUUUCCAAGAGGUUGCUCUGAUGACAAGCUACCCUGGGCAAAGAUGUCUGUUAACGGAGAUCACUUGGAAACAAAGUAUCCUUACGUGGUACAUGCUGAAGUUAAUGCCAUCCUGAACACAAAUCAUGCAUCCGCUGCUGGACAGAGACUAUACGUCACCAUGUUUCCUUGUAACGAAUGCGCCAAGGUUAUCAUCCAGUCAGGUGUCUCAGAAGUCAUUUACUUUAUUGAGAAAAGAUUAAAUAAUUCAGAAGCUAUGUACGCUGCCUCUCACAAGUUAUUAUCAUUGGCAGGCGUUAAGGUUAGGAAACACCACCCCCAAAUGACAGAGAUAACACUCAAGUUAGAGUAAGUUUAAAAUGAAGGAUAUUAAUCAGAGAGUUAAAUUGUGUGGAAAUAUAUUAUUAUGCAGAAAUUAUUGUUUUGUUUU